AUGCUUCUAAAUCCAGCGAUCCAGGAAAAGGCACAUGCCGAAAUUGACACUGUUGUUGGACCUAAUCGCCUUCCUGGCUAUGAAGAUGAAGUGCAUCUACCUCUUGUACGUGCAAUCAUCAAAGAAACACUUCGCUGGCGUCCCCCUACUGUUAUGGGUGUUCCACAUGCUGUGACAGUAGAUGAUGAAUAUUAUGGAUACAAAAUCCCGAAGGGUUCAACCGUUAUCGGUAACAGUACGUGUUCGCCUAAGAUUCUAGAUGUAUUAAUUUGGCCAGUCUUCGCUAUGUCCCACGACCCAAAACGGUACCCGAACCCUGAACUCUUUGAUCCGGAAGCCAGGUUUUACAAGUCACAUCCUGGGAGCGCAGCAGAAUACGCGACUAAGCGAAACAGUUUAGAACGCGACCAUUUUGCUUACGGACAUGGACGACGCAUUUGCGCUGGUAGUGAGUAA